AUGGAUCACAUCUGGAUCAUCUCUGGAUCAUCUCCCAUCACCAUCACACUGGAUCAUCUCCCAUCACACUGGAUCAUCUCCCAUCACACUGGAUCAUCUCCCAUCACACUGGAUCAUCUCCCAUCACACUGGAUCAUCCUCCCAUCACACUGGAUCAUCUUCCAUCACACUGGAUCACCUCCCAUCACACUGGAUCAUCUUCCAUCACACUGGAUCACCUCCCAUCACACUGGAUCAUCUCCCAUGACACUGGAUCAUCUCCAUGACACUGGAUCAUCUCCCAUCACACUGGAUCACUCCCAUCACACUGAUCUCCCAUCACACUGGAUCAUCUCCCAUCACACUGGAUCACCUCCCAUCACACUGGAUCAUCUCCAUCACACUGAUCAGAUCACACUGAUCAUCUCCCAUCACACUGGAUCAUCUCCCAUCACACUGGAUCAUCUCCCAUCACACUGGAUCAUCUCCCAUCACACUGGAUCAUCACUGGAUCACACAUCAUCUCCAUCACACUGGGAUCAUCAUCACACUGGAUCACUUCCAUCCCAUCACACUGAUCACCUCCCAUCACACUGGAUCAUCUCCCAUCACACUGGAUCAUCUCCCAUCACACUGGAUCAUCUCCCAUCACACUGGAUCAUCUCCCAUCACACUGGAUCACCUCCCAUCACACUGGAUCAUCUUCCAUCACACUGGAUCACCUCCCAUCACACUGGAUCAUCUUCCAUCACACUGGACCGAUUAUUAUCAUCAUCUGUGUAA